CGGACAAACCGCAAUCCGCUGUGCUGGUGAGGACGCGCAUAUCGUGGUUGGCAGCGGUGGCGAUACGUUUUGUUAUACGGACCGGCGUUCGGUGGUGGUCGAAAACAAAACAAUGAAUGCCCAGUGAGGAUGGUCAAUGACGAGCGCCUCUGUCAAAUUUUCAGUUGUUGCUAUUCCGUUAGACCCGCGUUUGCACCGUAAAAAUCCGUUUUAGCUGGUGUUUGUACUGUGUGUGUGCGCGAGUAAUUAUCGAAUAACAAUAAGGGAGAGAUUGUCCACGAAGAAUCAUGACGAUAAACGAACCGACCUAAACACCAUCACGAUGUCCCGACCCACAACCAAGGCAUCAUGACGCAAACCUCGCUCUGCGACAUCCCCUACACGGGCAGCGUGAUCUGGCUCUUCGUCUACACGGCCAUCAUCGUGAUCAGCGUGGUCGGCAACACCCUCACCAUAAUCGCCAUACUGACCAGCAGGAAGCUGCAGAAUCUGCUGUCCAACAGGUUCGUGCUCAGCCUGGCCGUCAGCGACCUGCUGGUCGGCUGCUCGGUGCCCUACCACAUGGUGCCGCACUACUGGCCGGAGAUCAACAGGACCAGGACGCCCUGCCUGCUGCGCUUCUCGCUCAUAGCCUUCGCCUGCGCCAGCUCCAUAUACAACCUGCUGCUGGUCUCGGCGGAUCGUUACGUGGCCAUCGUGCAUCCCUUGCACUACAGCAGGUGCAUGACGAGGAGGGUGUCCCUGAUCCUCAUAUCGCUGGUGUGGACCAUAGCGCUGGGGAUAGGUUCCUGUCUCCUGUACUGGAAUCACUGGGACCAGAACGGUGGUGUGUGCGAUAUAAGUCUAGCGCCGCAGAUGUACCUGAACUAUCUAUUGGCGCCGUUCUUUCUAGUCGUGUGGAUAGUUAUGAUAGCGUUCUAUAUUAGAAUAGUGAAGGAGGCCAAGGAUCACGCCAAGAGGCUGAAACACGCGGCGAGCGUCUCCAGCCUUCCGGGUCUGUACGAGCCAUCAAAGUCACUGCAGAUGGUCUUCGUCAUCCUGGGCUGCUUCACCGUGACCUGGUUCCCCUACUUCCUGUGCAUCACGAUCAUCAAGACCAAGGGCAAGUUCUGCCUGCUGUUCUACGAGAUCUCCUUCUGGAUGGCGGUCGGCAACUCGGCCAUGAACCCGCUGAUCUACGCGUGGAAGAACCACGGCUUCAGGCAGGCCUUCCGCUACCUCCUGACGUGCCGAUCGCCCGACUCCGCCCACGUGGACUACAUCACGAACCACGUGCCGAGCAACAGCAAGGCCUGCUCGCUGCGCAUAGACCAGGGCGGCUACUGCAACGGCAGCGUCGACGACCUGAUCAGGACGGAACGGGCGGCGUCGCUGGUGGGCGGCAAGGCAGAGUCCGACAUGGACAGCGAGCACACGGUCGUGUCCGAACUAUCGGUGACGGGUCUGUGCGGCGCGGCGGCCGACAGGUCGUGCUGCAACGGGACGUACGUCGAGCGGCUUUGAGACUGACUUUCGAAGUGUUCAAACUUGACUUUUGCGAUGUGUGUUUUUGUAAAUAUAUUGGAUGUAUUGUG